GGGAAGGACUAAGUCGCUCGCUGCUGCCGGGAGCGCACUCUCUGCUCCUGGAAGUGUUGCGGCUUCGCGGCUCUUUGCUCGCUGCGCUCCUAGAAGGGGCGGCCGUCUCCAGGUGACACAGACGGGACUCCCGCUUGCGCUUUCCAGAUGCAUCAGAGAUAUUUUUGGACUGACCAGGGCCAAGUGGCAUUCGGCGGGCACUUCAUGGCGGAAGGUGAAGGGUACUUUGCCAUGGCCGAGGACGAGCUGGCCGGUGGCCCCUACAUCCCCCUGGGCGGCGACUUUAGCGGCGGCGACGUCGUCGGUGGCGGCGGUUUGGGCGAGCACUGCUUGGACUAUUGCGAAAGCCCCACGGCGCACUGCAACGUGCUGAACUGGGAGCAAGUGCAGCGGCUGGACGGCAUCCUGAGCGAGACCAUCCCGAUCCACGGACGCGGCAACUUCCCCACGCUCGAGCUGCAACCGAGCCUGAUCGUGAAGGUGGUGCGGCGGCGCCUGGCGGAGAAGCGCAUCGGGGUCCGCGACGUGCGCCUCAACGGCUCGGCCGCCAGCCAUGUCCUGCACCAGGACAGCGGCCUGGGCUACAAGGACCUGGACCUCAUCUUCUGUGCCGACCUGCGCGGGGAAGAGGAGUUUCAGACUGUGAAGGACGUCGUGCUGGACUGCCUGUUGGACUUCUUACCCGAAGGGGUGAACAAAGAGAAGAUCACACCACUCACGCUCAAGGAAGCUUAUGUGCAGAAAAUGGUUAAAGUGUGCAAUGACUCUGACCGAUGGAGUCUUAUAUCCCUGUCAAACAACAGUGGCAAAAAUGUGGAACUGAAAUUUGUGGAUUCCCUCCGGAGGCAGUUUGAAUUUAGUGUAGAUUCUUUUCAAAUCAAAUUAGACUCUCUUCUCCUCUUUUACGAAUGUUCAGAGAACCCAAUGACUGAAACAUUUCACCCCACAAUAAUCGGUGAGAGCGUCUAUGGUGAUUUUCAUGAAGCCUUUGAUCACCUUUGUAACAAGAUCAUUGCCACCAGGAACCCAGAGGAAAUCAGAGGGGGAGGCCUACUGAAGUACUGCAACCUCUUAGUGAGGGGCUUUAGGCCCGCCUCUGAGGAGAUCAAGACCCUUCAGAGGUAUAUGUGUUCCAGGUUUUUCAUUGACUUCUCAGACAUUGGAGAGCAGCAGAGAAAACUGGAGUCCUAUUUACAGAACCACUUCGUGGGAUUGGAAGACCGCAAGUAUGACUAUCUCAUGACCCUUCAUGGAGUGGUGAAUGAGAGUACAGUGUGCCUGAUGGGACAUGAAAGAAGACAGACUUUAAACCUUAUCACAAUGCUGGCUAUUCGGGUGCUAGCUGACCAAAAUGUCAUCCCUAACGUGGCUAAUGUCACUUGCUAUUACCAGCCGGCCCCCUAUGUAGCAGAUGCCAACUUUAGCAAUUACUACAUUGCACAGGUCCAGCCAGUAUUCACAUGCCAGCAACAGACAUACUCUACUUGGCUACCCUGCAAUUAAGAAUAAUUUAAAAAUGUCCUGUGGGGAAGCCAUUUCAGACAAGAUAGGAAAAAAGAAAAAGAAAAAAAAGGCUGAGUGACCCAACCCUGAUUAGGAUUUUUUUUGUGCAAUGAUGAUCUGCUCCUGGUUUUAAGUUUGGUAAAGCUUAUGAAUCCUUUCGUAGGUAUGGGAGCAUGAUCUUGAAAUGAUCCCCACCCACCAUCAACCCACCCGCCAAAUUCUCUUACCCAAUCAAAUUCUAUUCUGAAACAAAAGAAACCUGUCAUUGAAAACCAGGUUCUCUUAAAAUAACAAGGGAAAAAUGCUUGAUGACAAUAUGGGUUUGCAGUACCUUGCUCCCAUAGCUUUGCCAUAGGGGGGAAAAAGGUGGAGUUUCUUAUAAGAUGGAAUUUACAAGAGGGAAAAUUCAGAGAAAAAAAGAAAAGAUCACACCCCAACUUAAUUAUCAAAUCAGGAGUUCAGAUAGUAAAUAAUACAGGAAAAAGGGAAACUCCAACAUUGGGAUUAUUAUCUGAAGCUUGUAGGAAGUGCUUUCUGUGAAACUAUCUUAUUGCGCUAACAGAAAUGGCUUACUCCAAACGAACAGUAGUAGGUCGGUGCAGUUUUCAUAACAAACAGCAGAACUUGUGAUGACACAAUCCAUUAUUUCCAGCUGCGUGCAUAGCUCGCAUUUUUAAAAUGUGAAAAUGCAAGCUAAAACAACGGUAGCAAGGAAAGUAUGCUCAAGGACCAAAGAUUUAACAGAUAAAAAUUCCCAAGUAGAAGAGAUAUAGUAGAAUAUAUAAAGAGUUACUAUAUUUGUUACACACCAAUAUACAUCAAAGUGCCUGUUGCCUUCUGAAAAUUUGAAAUGAAAAAUUUUUAUGGUUUAAUGAUUAUUUUAUUCUAUCAGGGACUAAAGAAAAUAAAACAACAUAAGCUUGUGAAUGGUGGAAGAAAUGCCCUAUUUUUUCUUGGCAAAUACUUGUAUAAAGUUACCAUUGUUGGUGUGAUAUUAUUGUAGGUACAUGUGUAUGUAUAUUAUGUGUGUAUAUAGACAUAUUUGUGAUAUGAAUAUAUUCACACAACACAUUGACUAUGGUCUAGAAUAAUGUAGCAAAUAGGAAAUGUUUAAAUACUGUGUGUUUUUAUGUUUCAACAGGAUGACAUGAGACGUGGGCAUAUUGCAGUGAUGAAUUAAAACCCACAUUUAAAAAAGUUAAAAGCAAAUGAAGGAGGAAAACAAGUAAUAUAUUUGAUAGGAAGAACAGAGAUUAUACAUUUUUAUUGAGUGUUUUGUGUUUUUUUUUUUUUUUCCUUUUCCUUAUUUUGUGAGCCAUAGAAUUCUGCAAA